AUGAUGCCAUUGAGACGGGUGUUGGGUCAACUCUUGCUACUCGUUCUGUUCACUGCUUUGGUUCACUCACAAGCUUAUGGUCCGUACACAAACUAUGGUCGAUACUCGUCAUCAUAUUAUCCGUACUAUCGACGUGGACCUUCUCCUUACGGCGUUGGGGGCGGGAAUUAUGGAGCCGGAGAUUACUACACUUCUGCACAAACACAGGGAAUUUACUAUAGAAACCCUCUCAAGCCGCCAGUGAUGUUAAUGUGCGAGGGGAGAGCUUGUCAAGGACAAGGGUACAUGUUAGGG